AUGGGUGUGGUUAUCGAGAGCUUUGUUUGGGAACCGAGCUCAAAGGUCUUCGUCUUCUUCUUCAUUUCCACAUUUCUAUCGAUAUUUCUGUUACCAUACUUCGCCAAAAACAGAACUUUUGGUAGCUUCGAUCACACCGUCUCCUCUUCUUUCGCUCGGUUCCAGAGAUGGUUUCUAGCUAUCUACACUCUCUCUUCAGUGAUGGAAGGUUUAUGGUCAGUGUACGGAGAAUUUGAGUUAGCAUCUUAUGGCGUAAGCAAAGAAACAAUGGUGUUUUAUCUCUGUGUUGGCUAUUCGACUAAUCUUAUCAUCGGUCCUUUACUUGGUGUGGUCUCUGAUCUCAUAGGUCAGAAGAGGAUUUGUCUACUCUAUUGCGUCUUGCACUUGGUUUUUAGUUUGUGGAAGAGGAUAACAAUGAGUCCUAGUGCCUGUUUUGCAAAUGUGUGCUUGUCUCUUGCUGGUCUCAUAUACUCAUUUGGGUUUGAGACUUGGCUUGUUGUGGAACACGAAAAGCAAAGCCAGAGGAAUGAUUCGUUAAAUGAGACGUUCUGGUUGAUGACUUUUCUUGAGUCUGCAUCUUUAAUCGGUGGUCAAGUUCUUGCGAACUGGCUUGUGGAUGGAAAUGUUCAGCACGGCAUUGCGUUGUCUGCUACAACGUCUCUGUUAUUGUCCGUUGUUGCCAUCAUUUGUAUUGUCCGGACUGCGAAAGAGCCUUUGAAGACGCUUCCACUUAGAGACUAUUCCGCAGCUUUCUACGCAUAUGUUCUUGGUGAUAAAAGAAUAUGGUUUCUAGGAACUUCACAAGCCUGCCUCCAGUUUUCCACUGCAGUCUUUUGGAUUCUUUGGGCACCAACGAUAGUGGCUGAUGGGCGAGAAGUGAAUCUGGGAUUGAUAUAUCCAUGUUUCUUGGGUUCAAGAAUGCUUGGAAGCACAGCAUUCCCAUGGCUUAUGAGCGGGCAAUCAUUGCUCCGGCUUGAAGAUUGCUUAGUCUACAUAUACGCAAUACUUGGUAUUGUGUUUUCUGUAGUAGCCUAUGAUUAUCAGGAAAUCAGAACCUUAGUAAUACUUUUCUGCUUAUUUCAUGGCUUUGCUGGACUGGUACUGCCUUUGCUUGCAAGAUUAAGGACCAUGUAUGUACCGAACGAGUUACGUGGAGGGAUGAUAAGCCUUUCUCAAGUCCCAGCUAAUGCAGCUAUUUUGUUUUGCUUGAUACAGAGAGGAUACUCUCACAAGAUCGAGAACUCAACGAUGAUGGCUUUAGGUUCCGUUUCUUUGUUCACUGCAUCUGGUUGUAUAUAUUUACUGAGACGAUGGGGAAAGUCACCGCACCAAGAUUGGCACAAGUUAUGA